AUGGCGUCUUCUUCAAACGUUCUUCGACCCAUUCAAAAAUUUCAACAUCCUACACAGAUAAAGAAUCAAGAACACAUUCCAGACCCAAAUGACGUAGAGGCGCGCACUAUCUACGCUUCUCAGCUGUUACUCGAAAGAGACAAAUCAAGGAAGCUCCUGUACAGAAGGGUUUUGGAACUUCGAGGAACACCAAGGCGAGUGAGAGUGAUUCUGUCACCACUGAGCUCAAAACCCCCAGCACCUUCGAAGCGAAAAGUUCCUCAAACAGCCAAUUCGGACGAUGAAGAUAAAUCUCCCCCUCGCACCAGACAAGCGACAAAGAAAAGACAAAGAGCUGCCACCCCUUCAGCCAAAGAAAAAGGAUAUGGGAGCUUGAAGCUUACUUCAUCAAGUGACAAAGUAUCUUCUGAUGGAUCACCCUUGAAAGAUGCUAGUGUUUCUCAACACAAAUCUCAUGUGCUUUCUCCCGUUCUCAAAGACACUCAACCUCUUGGAACUAUCAUUCCGACUGCGUCUGCUAAAGAAAGCCAUUCAAAUGAUGAGUCUCCACCCAUUCAUCAAGAUGAAAAUAUAGAGGAGAACCUGCAAUGUUCGAAUAGUGCUGUUACUCCAAAGAGACAAAUCAAGGAAGCUCCUGUACAGAAGGGUUUUGGAACUUCGAGGAACACCAAGGCGAGUGAGAGUGAUUCUGUCACCACUGGCAAGAAACCCACGAGCUCGAAACCCCUAGCACCUUCGAAGCGAAAAGUUCCUCAAACAGCCGAUUCGGACAAUGAAGAUAAAUCUCCCCCUCACACCAGACAACCGACAAAGAAAAGACAAAGAGCUGCCACCCCUUCAGCCAAAGAAAAAGGAUCUGGGAGCUCGAAGCUUACUUCGUCAAGUGACAAAGUAUCUUCUGAUGGAUCACCCUUGAAAGCUGCUAAAAGCCAUUCAAAUGAUGAGUCUCCACCCAUUCAUCAAGAUGAAAAUAUAGAGGAGAACCCGCAAUGUUCGAAUAGUAGUAACGCAGCUGGAAACCCAAUUGGCAGCGAAGACACUAUAUCUGAACAAGAUGUUGUAGAAGAAACUUCCAAACUUCCUACACCUGGUUCUCAUGAAAAUUCGAACCUUGGGUCUAUAGUCACUCCUGUGACUACUUAG